AUGCGUCGGAAGAUCCAUGAGGUUACCGGUCAUAAAUUCAUGGCGUUGUUCUUACGACAGCCGACUUUUUGCGCUCAUUGUAAGGAGUUCAUCUGGGGCAUUGGCAAGCAAGGAUAUCAGUGUCAAAGUAAGUGUUUU